CCGCCCCCUCGCCUCGCCCUCCUCCGCUCGCCAAGAUUGGCCGGGAAACCCGCCAAUGGGGAGCUCGGGGAGGCGGGCCUAGAGCGCGGGCUGGAGGAAGAAAAGCGAAUUUCAAGUUGGCCGCUGCGUGGGCCCCGAGUGGGGGAGGGACGGCAGUCUCUGGUGUCACCUCUGACUGUAACAGCUGUUCCUCUGACCAAAGCGGACAUCAGCACUGACCCAUGAGUUGAAAACAGUUGUUUAGAAGGUAUUCAGCAAAGCAACAGCAGUGACUUCCCCUCGGGGACCUUUGAUCUCCACAGCGGUUUUUCUCACUGGAUCUCGGAGUAUCCAGGCCCCCUCCACCAUGGCCAGCCGGGGUGGGGGCCGGGGUCGCGGCCGAGGCCAGUUGACCUUCAACAUGGAGGCUGUGGGCAUUGGGAAGGGUGAAGCUUUGCCCCCACCCACUCUACAGCCUUCCCCACUCUUCCCUCCCUUGGAGUUCCACCCGGUGCCUCUGCCCGCAGGAGAGGAAGGGGAGUAUGUCCUGGCUCUGAAGCAAGAGCUGCGUGGGGCCAUGAGGCAGCUCCCAUACUUCAUCCGGCCAGCUGUCCCCAAGAGAGAUGUGGAACGUUACUCAGACAAGUAUCAGAUGUCUGGGCCCAUUGACAAUGCCAUCGAUUGGAACCCCGAUUGGCGCCGGCUGCCCCGGGAGCUCAAGAUUCGAGUCCGGAAGCUACAGAAGGAACGGACCACCAUUAUACUCCCCAAGAGGCCCCCCAAGACCACAGAAGAUAAGGAGGAAACAAUACAGAGACUAGAGACUCUGGAGAAGAAAGAGGAGGAAGUGACUUCAGAGGAAGAGGAAGAGAAAGAGGAAGAAGAAGAAAAGGAAGAAGGCGAAGAAGAAGAAUAUGAUGAAGAAGAACAUGAAGAGGAAACUGAUUACAUCAUGUCAUAUUUUGACAACGGAGAGGACUUUGGAGGUGAUAGUGACGACAACAUGGAUGAGGCCAUAUACUGAAAACCUGGGCCCAUGCAUCUUCCUUUAUUUGAGAUAGAGGGGCUAGAAUUAUUCUGGGUUUGCCCUAUUUUUGUUAUUCCUGUUUUUGAGAUAGGAUCUCACGUAGCUCAGGCUGGCCUGGAACUCAGUAU